AGUUAUUCGACUGCGUACGGGAAGAGACGAUUAUAAAACUUGGUGCAAAUGGCUUCAAGUGACAGUUGUGUGACUGAAAUAACAGUAUGCUAAUAUUGGCGCUGGUAAAUCGUUUUAGGGUGUGUUCCAUAAACACAAAAGGAUUGCCAAGCCAAAAAUUGCUAUAUCACAUAUUACUAACAUGGAAAUUUCAACAUAAAAAACUACACAUACAUUUUAAUAUAAAAUCGUAAAUGUGUAUAUCAAUUAACAAAAUAUAUUCUAAUGUUUACCUUUGAGACUAGGUGAUUUUAAAUGUAAAAGCAUUAAGUUUAAAAAAAUUGUACAAUAAAUAUCAUAUAUAGCUUAAGCUUAUUUGUAGCAACCUCAUAAAUGUAUUGUGAAUAGUUUCUUUAUUGUGAAUAGUAUAAUACUGUAGACAAUUUCUUUCCCGAUCAUAUGUUUUUGUAAAAAAAAUUAAAUUGAUAAAUUUAUAUAUGAAAAUGUCUAAUUUAUUACGUUGUCUCGCCCAAACUAUAUGCCGGAAUACCGUACAAAUUAAUCGAAGUAUAACAACUUCUUCCACUGUUUUGGUUAAAGAAAUUUAUGAAAAAGUGGAAAAGAAUGCACUUGUCCUGGAAGCUGCGCAAGUUCCCUCGCCACGUGCUGAUCGUAUGCUGAACGAAGCAUGCGGCACGCGUUUCUGUCCGGAAUGCACAUUAGGUUUAGAUAUCAAACAUACGGAUGUGUUGAUUUUGUCACAAUACGUACGCUCUGAUGGCUGUAUGUUACCACGGCGUAUUACAGGAUUAUGCCAUAGGCAACAGAAACGUAUCGGUACAUUGGUAACUAUGGCUCAAAAGGCCGGUUUGAUGCCCAAUUUAGCACCGGCAUGGAGUAAAAAGGAUCCAAAGAAACGUUUUGGUUGGAGGAAGUUUAAUAAAUAUUACCUUGAAGAGACGAUAAGAUACUGAAAUCGAGUCUAAAUGAAAGUAUAAUGUGAUUGAUUGCAUAUUUACAUAAUAUAAAAUUUGUUAAACGAAAA